CUCUCUCCACGACUCCACCGAUCCUCUGUCCUCUGUCCUCUCCCCACCUCCUUGUAUUCCUCCUCUCCUUCUCGCCGACGGAACCCUACGCGCACGCGCUCCCAAGCCCUCGCCGCCGACGCUGCCGCCGACGCCGCAGUCGCGAUGUACGCCGACAGGACCUCGGGGCGGAAGCGCUCUGUAAUGGACCGCCUCGGGUCGGGCGGCGCCUCGCGCUCGCGGUCUGAUGACGCAAAAAGGUUUCGCCGGGAUGAUGGGACGUGGAGACGUGAGCUUUAUAAGGAUUCUAGAGGAACCCAAACUUCAUCUGAACCUACUUUAAGAAAUCUGCAAUCGAACCAAAAAUCUCAAGUGCAGAAAAGGAUUGAGGUUGUGAAGAAAUCACCAGUUUCAGAUCUCCGUGAAAAGUUAUCUGGUGUACCAAACCAGCGCCCUCAACUUAGCAGUACUGUUCAGGUGCCAAAACCUGUAAAAGAGGUUAUUAAGAGCGACAAGCCUGUUCAAAAGAGAGACCCCCCUCCAGCUGCUGCCCCAAUUGUCAUUAAGAAAGUCAGUGCACCUGCACCUGAACCAGCACCGUCUGCACUACCAAAGCAAUCCCAGGACAAGGUUGAUGCUUCGCUUGACAGUUUACUGAAGUCUCUUGAUCUAGAGAAGUAUUUGAUAAAUUUCCAGGCUGAAGAGGUUGAUAUGAAAGCACUGGUUUACAUGAACGAAGAAGAUAUGAAGUCUUUAGGAAUUCCAAUGGUACUGCAAGGACUUUGCCUCUUUCUUACUUGCCUUUUUCUUUCCCCAACUAGGGUCCCAGGAAAAAGAUACUAUCAGCAUUGGCUCACAGAAAGAGGAAGUCUUCGAAGUCAUUGCCUACCAGUGCCAGUUGAGGCAUCUUUAAGCUUGUGUGGUAGCUAGACAACUUGUUGAUCUUGGAUAUGUGCAAGGGCAUCAUUGAGACUUGCAGAAUUAACUCUACUGACGAGCAAGAUUCCUAUCCAUCAAGGCUGAGGCGGUGUAUAAAUUGAGAACUCCGUGAUGUUGGUAGCGCUUGAAGGCAACUAACUGGUUGUUGAUGUACCUAUUCUGUGUUUUCUGGAAUAUUUGUUGACCAUUGGGUGUUAAUUCAUGAUGAUGCCUUGGGGAUUGUUUCCCCUUUCUCUUGC